GGCAGCAGCUCCUCUCCUGCACCUCUCCAGGGACUCCAGGGUGUGCAGCAGCCGAGGGACGCGCCUGGAGAAAAGGAUGUGAGUGGCAGCAGGUGACAGGCUGGAAGCUCGCGCUUGUGUCACAGAGAAACUCCAUGAUAACAGCACAAAGUCACCUUAUCAGCUGCUGGAGCACCUUAGGCACAGAAGACAUCCAAUCCCUCCUUCAUGAUUUUAAAUAUUGAUCAGAGGCAGCAAUACCUGAGUGCUGCUGCAGGAUGUCCCGUGGUGGUGCAGAAGCUGCUGCACGCCCGGUGUGUAACCACCGCGGGCAGGAUCAAUGCUCCUCCACUCUCCAGCUGAGCACUCUGAGUGGAAACAGCAAAUCUGCACGGUUGCUGGAAGUCAGGGGGAACCUCAGCACCAUGCAGUACUCUCCUGUGGCACUGAAUGCAGAGCCCUCCAUGGAAAAGGGAGCUGGGAUUGCCCAGAGCCACAGGGAAGGCACAAAGGCUGCAGCCUGCUCGGACAGCGGAGCCGGCAGGGCCCGGACCAUGGAGUGCUUCCAGAGCCAAUAUCUGACCAGAACCAGCACCCAGGGACAGGUCUACAACUUCCUGGAGAGGCCCAGUGGGUGGAAGUGUUUUAUCUAUCAUUUUGCUGUAUUUCUCCUGGUGCUGAUCUGUUUAAUAUUCAGUGUACUGUCUACUAUAGAGCACUAUUCAGAGUUUGCCAUUGGAACCCUUUUCUGGAUGGAGAUAGUUCUGGUGGUGUUUUUUGGUGCUGAGUACCUGGUCCGGCUGUGGUCUGCAGGCUGCAGGAGUAAAUAUGUUGGCUUCCAGGGGAGGAUCCGGUUUGCCAGGAAGCCAAUAUCCAUCAUUGAUCUGAUUGUGGUAGUAGCCUCAAUUAUUGUUCUGAGCAUAGGAUCUAAUGGGCAGGUGUUUGCCACCUCUGCAAUAAGAGGGAUUCGCUUUCUCCAGAUCCUUCGGAUGCUCCACGUUGACCGCCAGGGAGGCACCUGGAGACUCCUCGGGUCUGUGGUCUUCAUCCAUCGACAGGAACUUAUAACCACUCUGUACAUUGGAUUCUUGGGAUUAAUUUUUUCAUCCUACUUUGUUUAUCUUGCUGAGAAGGAUGCAGUUAAUGAGGAUGGAAAGACAGGUUUCUCCAGCUAUGCUGAUGCCCUUUGGUGGGGUGUGGUAACAGUCACAACAAUUGGCUAUGGAGACAAAGUUCCCCAGACGUGGAUUGGGAAGACCAUAGCUUCCUGCUUCUCAGUGUUUGCCAUCUCCUUCUUUGCCCUGCCAGCUGGUAUUCUGGGGUCUGGUUUUGCCCUGAAAGUACAGCAGAAGCAACGUCAGAAGCAUUUCAAUAGACAAAUCCCAGCUGCAGCUUCCCUAAUUCAGACCCUGUGGCGCUGCUAUGCAGCAGAGAAAUCCUGCACCUCCACGGCCACCUGGAAGAUCUAUGUGACAGCUCCCGUGCAGAAUCCCAAAAAGUCUCCAGCGCCAUCUAGUCCCGGUCUGAGAAAACAGGCCAGAAGAUACAGGAGAAAAGGGAGGCUGGGAUGUGGGAAUGGCUCUGCACCUGUAAUAAACCCAGGAGAAAAUUCCCUGUCUGUUCCCCAGAUCACCUAUGAUCACAUUGAUGAGCAAGAGGACAAAAAGGAUGUGUCCUUCUACAUUGGUGAAACCAAAGUGAGAAGACACCUGGAAGGGCACACCCCAGACGUGUCACGGGCCAGCAGCUUCACUGAUGACAUUGACCUGGUACCCGAGGAGUCCCCGCUGCCAGCGGCAUCUGAUGUGGCACAGUGA